CAGAACGGCCGCACCGUUCCGAGCCUCGGGGGGCCGGCGCAGCUGCGUCAAGAUGGCGGCGGCGGUAGCGGCGGCGGCGGCAGCGGCGGCCGCGGCAGCAUCCCUUCAGGUGCUGGAGAUGGAGAGCAUGGAGACGGCCACCAGUGGGACAGCAGGGCUGGCGGCCGAGGUCCGAGGCAGCGGCACCGUAGACUUCGGACCCGGGCCCGGCCUCUCUGCCAUGGAAGCCGGCGGAGGCGACCCGGGUCCGGAGGCCGAGGACUUCGAGUGCAGCUCCCACUGCUCCGAGCUCUCCUGGCGGCAAAACGAGCAGCGUCGCCAAGGCCUCUUCUGCGACAUCACCUUGUGCUUCGGCGGCGCGGGAGGCCGCGAGUUCCGGGCCCACCGCUCGGUGCUGGCCGCCGCCACCGAGUACUUCACGCCUCUGCUCUCGGGCCAGUUCUCCGAGUCCCGCUCCGGCCGGGUGGAGAUGCGUAAGUGGAGCUCGGAGCCGGGGCCCGAACCCGACACCGUGGAGGCCGUUAUCGAGUACAUGUACACCGGACGCAUCCGGGUCAGCACCGGCAGCGUGCACGAGGUGCUGGAGCUGGCCGACAGAUUCCUGUUAAUUCGUUUAAAAGAAUUUUGUGGAGAAUUUCUCAAGAAAAAACUUCAUCUUUCAAACUGUGUGGCCAUUCAUAGCUUAGCUCAUAUGUACACCCUGAGCCAACUUGCUCUGAAAGCUGCCGAUAUGAUACGAAGGAAUUUCUACAAGGUCAUUCAGGAUGAGGAAUUUUAUACUCUACCAUUCCAUCUCAUUCGUGACUGGCUUUCUGACUUGGAAAUUACUGUUGAUUCUGAAGAGGUUCUUUUUGAAACCGUUUUGAAGUGGGUUCAGAGAAAUGCUGAAGAGCGAGAGAGAUACUUUGAAGAGCUUUUUAAGUUGCUCAGGCUGUCCCAGAUGAAGCCUACCUACCUGACACGGCAUGUCAAGCCAGAGAGGCUGGUGGCCAGUAAUGACGUUUGCGUCCGGUUGGUGGCUGAUGCAGUGGAGAGGCACGCUCUGAGAGCUGAGAACAUACAGUCUGGCACGCUGCAACAUCCCCCCUCUCAUAUCUCAUUGUUACCUCGCUAUGGGCAAAACAUGGAUGUGAUCAUGGUUAUUGGAGGUGUGUCUGAAGGAGGGGACUAUUUGAGUGAAUGUGUGGGAUAUUUUGUUGAUGAGGAUAGAUGGGUAAACCUGCCCCAUAUUCAUAAUCAUCUUGAUGGACAUGCUGUCGCAGUAACAGAAUCCUAUGUGUAUGUUGCCGGAUCAAUGGAACCAGGCUUUGCUAAGACUGUGGAAAGGUACAACCCAAAUUUGAACACGUGGGAACAUGUUUGUAGUCUGAUGACAAGAAAGCAUUCUUUUGGGCUAACGGAAGUCAAAGGCAAGCUGUAUAGCAUUGGAGGACAUGGCAACUUUAGUCCUGGCUUUAAAGAUGUGACUGUUUACAAUCCUGAACUUGACAAAUGGCACAACUUGGAAUCUGCACCAAAGAUUCUUCGUGAUGUCAAAGCAUUAGCCAUAGAAGACCGGUUUGUGUACAUUGCUGCCCGCACUCCUGUGGACCGGGACACAGAGGAUGGUUUAAAGGCUGUGAUUACAUGCUAUGAUACUGAGACUCGACAAUGGCGAGAUGUGGAAUCAUUGCCUCUUAUUGACAAUUACUGUUUUUUCCAGAUGUCUGUGGUCAACUCAAACUUUUAUCAGACAGCAUCGUGCUGUCCCAAGAGUUAUUCUUUAGAAAAUGAAGAGGCAGUAAAAAAAAUCACCAACCAAGUGUCCGAUGAGAUCCUUGAGAGCUUGCCUCCAGAAGUCUUAAGCAUUGAAGGGGCAGCCAUUUGCUAUUACAAAGAUGACGUCUUUAUUAUUGGAGGCUGGAAAAACAGUGAUGAUAUUGACAAACAGUAUCGGAAAGAAGCCUACCGGUACUGUGCUGAGAGAAAGAGGUGGAUGCUCCUUCCUCCCAUGCCACAGCCUCGUUGUAGAGCCACCGCUUGCCACGUCAGGAUCCCGUACCGCUACUUGCAUGGCACGCAAAGAUACCCUAUGCCUCAAAACCUAAUGUGGCAGAAGGACCGCAUUAGACAGAUGCAAGAAAUACAUCGGCACGCCCUGAACAUGCGGCGAGUACCAAGCUCCCAGAUAGAAUGCUAAGUUCUCUAAUAUGUGCAGCUAAAAACUGUUCUCCCUGUUUCAUGAGGCUGAAGAUACCCAGACAGUUACUUGAAAAAGUAUGUUGGUAACUUAUUUUCUACUUGGAUUGAUUGGUAUCCCAUUAAAGGAAGUAUAGUUAAGAACUGAAGAGUGGGAAACUCAAUCUAAUACAUGGUAAUCUUUGUUGUUUUGCAAUCUUAUGUCUUUGUGUUUAUGUACUAGCUAAAUCUUAUUAAAGACAAGUGGAAAAAGCAGGUCUUGUUCUGCCAACCAGUUAUGAUAGUCCUUUGUUUUAGAGACUUGUAUUUGGGGCUUUAAGCACCACUUUUAUUUGCACAUUUUCUUUGAUAUUCCUUUUCACUUUCUAUAGAACGGUUUCACAAGAUCUGAGUUUAUGUAUAAAGCCCUCAUCUGCAGGAGGCAUGUGCAAUAGUAAGACUGAAACCUGAAGGAGAAAGCACAAUGUUUCAGGAAGAUGCUUUCAGAGUAUUUACAUUGAUAUUUUAUUGUAUGUGUUUAUCUAGAAGUAGUGUUUUGUUCAUAUAAAGAAGAGGUGACUGAUGAGAAAUUUGUGGUUACCUCAUGUAUUUAAAAAAAAUGUAUUUUCACUUCUUUAGCAGCUGUUUAUAAACUUCAAACCAUCACUCUGAGAUGAUGGCAGUUGGCUAGUUUAUUAAUCCUUGGCUGAUUGAAUACAAAGUUAUAUAUAUCAAAUUUUUUUCUCUAGGAAUUAUAACUAUAGACUGAGAAAUCAAAAUAGGUACAGGAUUAAGGACAUGUUAGUGAAUUUAAAUAAUGCCUAUGACAAUCAACACUCAAUGCCUUCAGUUUUUAUUUUUGUUCUAACACAUAUCUCGAUCCUCAUUUUUUUCUAUAAGCAACUGAUUUUAUAAUGGAAGAAAAUAACAAGUUAGAGAAAUAAUACUUUGAUGGUUACAUUACUUUGUCCAGUUGCCCUAGACUUUCAUAGGAAUUUUGCCUGAGCCUAGAAUACCAAAUUUGGGUCUAUAGUUUUGGCUUUAAAAAAAUGUAUCACUACAGUUAUGCGUUUGUUUUUAUUCACUCUUUAUUCUUGUAUAUUUCUCAUUUUUGUACAUUCUUCUGACACUACCCCCAGCUUUAUGCAAGUUAGCACUCGGGCUGAAUCUUUCAGUGUUCGGUUCAUAUAUAAGACUGCUCUUUGAUCUCCUGAUAAUUUGCACUGUUUUCCACUUUUUCUUUUUAGGCAUGGACUUGUUUUGUAGCCUCAGUCUUCUGAGUGGUAGAAUUACAGGUGUGUGACAACACACCCUUUAUCUCUUAAAGAAUGUGUUUCCCUUAUUAGACAUUCUGAAAUGCCAUUCUAGAAGUCAUAGUCCAAGACUUACUCUACUUCUUAAAAUUAACCCUCCUAUUGUGUGAUCAGACAUCAAAUGAAAAAAAGCACAACCAGAACAUGUAGCUGUUUUGCUGCAAGACCAUGUUUUAGCUCUUAAAUUCUAUAAGAACUUUCCUGAAAUUUCUAAAUUAGUAUCCCUGCAUAGGACAAAAGUUUUUAAUACAUAUGUUGGAACUCUUACUGAAAUGAGGCUGGGAAAUUGCAAGUCGGUUUCUAUACAAGAAUAUAUUACAUCCUAGUCUUCCACUACCUUUUUCUCAAUUUCCAUUCCGUUGUAGUUAUUUCAGUAAUUGCCUUUGGCGUCUGAGCAGCACUACAGCUUAGUGAUGAUAAAUCCAUACAGUUCGAAAUCAUUGAUGGAAGCUCCUUGAAUUGACUUUGCAUUCCAUGGACUGUGCCACCAAACCUUUUCUUGGUUGGGUUGAAGUAAUUCAGUGUCCCACCAGGAUGCCAGUUUUCUCCAGAAGAGUGAUAUAUAGUUGGGGAUUUUUAAUUGUCUUGUGAGACAGUCACUACCAUUGUUAGGAUCUUUAUAUGAUAUAGCAGAAGUUAAAACAUACAAUUUAGGUAUAUAAUCUGGUUUUGAAAACUUGAUUGAAACUUGUUUUUUUUAACUCAGCAGCAGCCUAGGCCCUGGCUGACAGACGGGGUAAGUCCUUGCAUGACCAUGUGUGCAGGUUUUCCUGAAUACUGAGUUUCUAAUUUUGAUACUUAAAUUCACAUGCGUGACUUCACAUUAGUAAUUUGUGUUUCCUAAAUAUCCUAACUUGUUAAUAAGGAAAGAAACCAGAUUUGCUUAAAUCUGUUCAAGGCUGACAUUCUGAAAUUCUAAACUGAAAGGAACUUAAGAUUUGGAACGGUUCUAAGUAUGUUGAUGAGGUCUAAUGCGGCUCUUUGGGAAAGAAAUAUCCUUUCUAAUGAAAAUUUAAAGAUUGUGUUUGGUCAUAUAAUCAGUUAAAAAUACAGUUUUUUAAAAGAUAGCCUAAGGUAUAUUCAAGUAAACUUUUGUUGCUUUUGUUUUUUUGGUAGAAAGGAGAGAGAGGAUAUGAAUUAGACCAAAAAUGAUAUAACUUCCAGGGAGGCUGCUUAUACAUUACCUGGCUUUCCUUUGACUCUACCUUCCUUGUGGAGAAUGUCAGUCAUGAGCUUAGUGUUUAAGUAAUACAUCUCACUUGCAGUUUUGCAUGAUUAGCCUUGUGUAUCCUGAUAGUCAAAUUUACUUGUUGUGCCAGUCCAAAAUAACUUUACUAAGCGCUCUUAAAUUCCAUCAACAUCAGUUUUGUUUCGAUCAUCUAUCUGGUUGUGUAUAGUAUUUCUGGGACCAAAACGUGAAAAGUACUUACCUUUUUACUAGAGAACAUAAGUUUAAAGCUGGAGAGAAGUAUUUAUGGAAGCUUGUGCAUUUGUGUGUUUUAAAUCCUUCCGGCUACUGGUAAGACAGUUCCUAGUGCACACUUUUUUUUAAUCUUUUGACCAGUGUAGCAUGUGAUAUGUUUAAAAAUAGUUCCUUUUCCACUUCAUGAGCUUACUAUCAACACUAUAAUAUUAUAAAGUAGACAGGAGGACUGAAUUGUAUGUUUUAGUUACUUGUACUUUCCUCAAAUGAAGCUUAAGUUAAGGGCAUGCUGGCCACGUUUCCUAUUUUUGGACGUGCACAUAUUGUGAAGCCAAUACUGCCUAUACUAGAAAAAUGUGGUGCUGUAACUAGAUUAUUUGGGAAACAAUUCAGUCGUUCAUAGCUCAUCACUCCAGUUUUUCUUGAAAAAAGUCCAUUUUGUUGUUAUAAUGCUUCUGUUACAGCAUGUGUUCUGGUUACUGUAAGAAAAACAGCUCAUUGAGUGCUGUACUACAGUAACAAUAGCAUAACAGAAUAGUCAUUCUGCCUCAAGGAAUUAGGUAGCCAAAUUACUGCUCUUUGUCAGUGACGUCCUUGUGGGACUUCUGUCUUACUCAGUGACCAUUGCUACAUCUUCCCUUGAAGCAUAUGUGCUAGAGUACUUGUUAACUUAAUCCUCCUGCUGCAUGCACUCGUGAAAAGCAGUGCUUGCUAGGUGUUUGAAGAUUUUACAGUCCAUGUCUAGGGUUCGUUAUUUGUAAAAUAAACAGUGAGUUGAUAACAGUUUUUUGGGCUAGUGGUCUCCAAGCCCUGUUGCAAAGUCUAAUCUUGACUUUUUCCCUUCAAGUCACAGAUGAUGUAGUAUGUAGAACACUUGGAAACAUUAUGUUGUAAAAUAGCUUGUUUUUGUUUCAAAAACUAUCUGGUUCUGUGUUAAAGCUACUAAUUGUGUCUGUGUACAUUUUCAAUAAACAUAUUUCUUUAGAGCUGG